ACAGAGCCACCUCCACAAUGGAACGCCCACGGGCACACUAUCGACCGUCGCCGGUCUCGAGACGUAUGUUGCCUCGGGCGGCAGCGGGUCUGAUGCCGAAGUCAAGGCCGUCAUCCUCUUCGUGGCCGACGUAUUCGGCAUCUCCCUCAACAACAACAAGAUCCUCUGCGACAAGUAUGCCUCGGAGCUCUCCUCCUCCGGCAGCAGCGUGAAGGUGUACCUGCCCGACUUCCUCGGCGGCGAAGACCUUAUCAGGUACUGCCCGACACCGGAAGCCAUGGAGAAGCUCAACAUCAGCGAGUAUGUCGCCUCGCACCACCCGCGCGAGGCGGGGUGGGAGAAGGUCGACAAGGUGCUUGCCGAGCUGCGCAGCAAGCACCCCAAUGCCAAGUUCGGCGCCGUCGGUUACUGCUGGGGUGCGCCAUCUUGCCUUCACGCGGGCAGCAGCAAGACGCAGCAGCCCGUCGACGCCAUCGCUUUCGCACACGGCAGUCUCGUUCAGGCGGAAGACUUUGAGACCGUUAUCAAGCCCGGACUGUACAUCACACCCGAGCACGACCACCAAUGGACCGAGGAGCUAUAUGCGAAAACCAAGGAGACGACCAACAGGCUGGCAAAGGAGAAGCACGUCUUUUCGAAAUGGGUUUACUACCCUCACGUCAAGCACGGCUUUGCAAUCCGCGGCGACGAGGAGGACGCAUACUCCGCGAGAUGCAUGGCGGACGCAGCUCAGGAAAUUGUCGCCCACUUUAAGCUCGAGCUCUUGUGACUAGGCCAACGACGCGAAAGCUCGAGCACGAGUCAUGCACCUGCGUCUUGCUUUGCCGGCAAGGAUGAUAAACGACCUAGUGGGGCAAAGACAAAAACAGUUACCUGUAAAGAUGUAGCCUCGAUUGUGGAUAUAUCUGAUUGAAGGAGAC